GAGGAUCCUAUAUGCUGUCGCGGAAUUGCUUUUCCAUUAGACUAUCUCUAUUGACAUAUUAUUAUUAUUAUUAUUAUUAUUAGUAUUCUACGAGGCGAGACUGUACGUUGUUUGAGUCAUUGAGGGAGUUCUUGUCAUUUUCCUUGUUCCUGGUGAACCGACCCGACCCAACCCAACCCGAUUUGUUCGAUGUGUGUGAGAGUACCGACCUUCUACCCUUGACUCCAGCCUACGGUUUACUUCAACCUCAUCUUUAAACCUGUCUUGAGUAAUCAUUACCCGGGUCCAAUCCCCCAACAAGAAAAAAGGAGGGAAGGAAGGAAAGAAGGAAAAAGCCAACGACUGAAAAUGGAGGUCUCGAUGGACACAACAAGUCCAGCCGCCGCGCUCUCUCCCCUCCCCCAGUCACAAUCACAAUCGCAGCAACCAUCAUCAACGGCGACAUCUACAGCAUCCUAUUCUGCAUCUCCGACGACCUCCAGGAAACGUUCCGUCCAAGAAAUCGACGCACACGCCACUGUUGACCCCUCCGACAAAACAAAAUCCCCAACAUAUACCGAUAAAGAAAACCAGGAGAAUGCCGAUCCCUCGUUACAAAGUUCUACACGUGUGUCCCCUGUCUUGGAGAUGAGCCACGUAUUGAUUGUAGGUGGGGGCGCGAAGCCCAAUGAUGAGGUCCCGGCACGGAAUACAAAGGAGGCUACGCUGGGGAAAUCGGUUCCUAGUCCCGGAUCAACCCAUUUGUCUACGGAUGCGGGCGCGGAUACCCCUGCCGCUAAGAAGAGGAAGCUCUCUCCUGCGAGUAAGGAGGCUAAACAACAGGAGAAAGAAGCUAAGCAGCUGGAAAAGGAGACCAAGGAACGUCAACGAUUAGAAGAAAAGGCAAAGAAAGAAGAGGAGAAGAGAGUGAAGGAAGAGGAGAAGAAAAAACGGGACGCAGAGCGAGAGGAAGAACGUAAACGGAAGGAAGAGAAAAAGAAGGCGAAGGAAGAGGAGAAGGCUGCGAAAGAAGAAGAAAGAAAGAAAAAGGAGGCAGCCAAAGAGGAGGAGAAGCGCGCGAAAGAAGAAGAAAAAAAGAAGAAAGAAGCAGCCAAAGAGGAGGAGAAGCGGAAAAAGGAGGAAGAGAAAUUGAAGAAGGAGAGAGCUCAACCCAAGCUGAAUGCCUUCUUCGCGAAACCAAAGCCUCCUGUGCAGCCCUCAAGCUCAGCGCUUAGUGCGUCGCCCAAGAAGUCGUCUGGGGGUGAUGGCAGCACAAAUGAACCCUCUCACGAAGCUGGCACUGUGUCAGAUUAUCAACGAGCAUUUCCUGAAUUCUUCUUACAGUCUCACACGAAAGUCGCCCCACCGCAUGUGUUUCAACGUGAUCCAGAGGCCCUUCGACUAAUGAGAGAGAAGCUUGAUGCGUCCAUGAAGUCGUCUAAUAACUCAGAAGAAGCUCUUGUAUUUCGGCCUUCAGAAAUUUUCAACAUGAUGCCAUACAAGCGACGGCGAGGAAGACUGCCUGCCUCUGUCAGGGAAAUCCUCCAACAGAUUCAAAGCCUGAACGAUCAAGCAGGGACGUCGGAGGCUGUACAGCGACAACGGGGUCUUCUAAAGGAGGUCCGAAUGAAAUCUCUGAGGUUUGGUGAAGAUGUCCGACCCCCCUAUCAAGGAACGUACUCUAAGCCCCUGUCCGAAUCGUCGGCCUAUAAGAUGAUGCGGAACCCCUUCUACCGCGGCUUACCUGAGACGAAUUACGACUAUGACUCCGAGGCUGAAUGGGAGGAGCCGGAAGAAGGCGAGGAACUCGACUCGGAGGAGGAGGAAGAAAUGAGCGAAGACGGCGAGGAUGACAUGGAUGGCUUCUUGGACGAUGAGGAAGACCAAGUGGUUGAUGGGAAGAGACGUCUUAUCGUUGGCGAUCUAGAGCCCGUCUGCACCGGCAUUCAAUGGCACGAUCAGGGUGUGAAACCGGAGUUGAAAGCAUACAGGGUCGAGACCAUAUCAGAUGCAGUGUCGUUACCUAUUGACCCAUUCUCAACAGUGUACUGGCAAAAACCCAAGACAUCGGAGCCAGCUCAGACCAGUGGUGCGGGACGGUCAUCGCUUCACUCUUUCUUGGGUAACCCGAGUGCGUCGACGCAGGACGGCAGCGCACUGCCACUGUUGGGGUCCGGGAAAUCCAAGCGACCCUUUCCAUCGGAAUUGCUGGCGGAGUUCAAGCAAGUUGUGGACGGAAGCGAUCUGUCGAAGUUAGGGUUGAUCGAAAUUCUGAAGAAAAGGUUUCCGAAGGUUUCUAAAGAUGCCUUGAAAGACACGUUGAACAGCGUGGCUACUCGGGUUGGACAGAAAGAGGCUGAGAAGAAAUGGGUUUGCAAAUAGUGAUGGUAUUGGAGGAGACAUGACAGCAAGCGUUUCGAUGUUCCGAAGAAAGACAACGCAUGCCACGGAUGGCUGGAGUUCUGGCGUCAGGUUCACCUUGGGUUGUGCUGGGAAUAGACUACCCUUGAGGGAAAUUUAUUGGUUGCGGGUGCUUCAGAUCCUCAAGUACCAGUGGAAUUGCAUGAUAAUUCGCAGCCACUGGUUUGUUUGCGAUUGAUGUGUAAUGACGGCGAUUGCUUUAGAGGGCCAGUGCAAUGGGAGCUGGACGUUGAUAUUGUAUAUGGAGAUAUUACACGGAGCCGGGUUAUUAACUACAUGGGCCGCU